GCGACAUCUGAAAAAGGUCUAGCAAAGGUAUCCAUUUGUCGUCGCCAUGGAUGCCGCCAAGUUUGAGGCGCUCAAGGAGAACCUCUGGGACUUUAUGAAAAAGGAGAUCUACCCCAAUGAGCUACUGCACAUUCAGCAGGUGAAGGCAAUCCGAGCCAAAGGCCCAAGUCAUUGGAGGCAGCCGGCCAUCAUCUUCGAGCUGCGGGAGAAAGCCAAGGCGCGAGGGCUGUGGAACCUCUUCCUGCCAGUGGACUCCGCCAAGUUGGCGGGCCGAGCUGGGGGCGGUCUCACGAAUCUGCAGUAUGCCGACUGUUGUGAGAUCAUGGGCACUGCCAACCACGCGGAAUUCGCCGCUGAGGCGUGCAACUGUUCCAGUCCCGACACGGGCAACAUGGAGGUCCUGGCAAGAUUUGGCACAGAAGAGCAGAAGAAGAAAUGGCUGGAGCCUUUGCUGGAUGCAAAGAUCCGGUCCGCUUACGCGAUGACAGAGCCAGCUGUUGCCAGCAGUGAUGCUACCAAUAUCAGGACAAGCAUAACUCGCGAUGGCGACGAAUUUGUCAUCAAUGGUCGGAAGCAUUGGAUCACAGGGGCAGGGAACGUCGACUGCAAGAUUAUGAUCUUGAUGGGAAGGACAGGGUCCAAGGACACAGCAACAUACCGCUCGCAGUCGCAGAUCCUGGUGCCAACCGACACGCCGGGGAUCACGUUGGUACGUCCCAUGGAGACCUUUGGGGAUGACGACUGCCCCAAGGGCCACAUGGAGAUUUUGUUCGAGGAUGUCCGGGUGCCGAUCAGCAACAUGCUUUGGGGAGAGGGCCGCGGCUUCGAGAUCGCCCAGCUGCGGCUGGGCCCCGGGCGCAUACACCACUGCAUGCGAAUGAUCGGACAGGCUGAGCGUGCCCUUAGCCACAUGUGUAGGCGUGCGGCCAGCCGCACAGCCUUUGGUCAGCAGCUGGCAGAGAUGGGAAGCGUUGUGCAACAAGUUGCUGAAUGCCGAGCUGAAAUUGACCAGGCGCGGCUUCUGGUGCGGGAGGCAGCUGACAGAAUGGACAGGCUGGGCAAUACGGACCAUUACACCCGGCAACUGCUGAGCCUGGUCAAGGCCGUGGUGCCCAACAUGACCCAGCGCGUGGUGGAUCGCGCCAUGCAGCUUCACGGGGGACUGGGAGGCUCUCAAGAUAGUUUCCUGCCAGCUGCGUUUGUGGGGACACGGAAUUUGCGUUGGGCAGACGGACCGGACGAGGUGCACUGGAGGACGGCGGGCCGAUUGGAGCUCUCCUUUCAGAGGAAGCAGUCUCCGCUGUACCAAAUCGAGCUGUAUGAUCAUGACAGAAGCGUCCCUUUCCGUGCGAAGCUGUGAGCAGUGUACAGCUGCAUCUGGUUUAGCAAACCUCCAAUGAGAGGAGGGUCUUUUGUGUCAAGGGCUAGCCCCAAUGCGCGCAGCAUUUGGGCAGCUCUGCCUAUCUCUGCGUUUGAUGCAUUGAGUCAGGCAUCCU